CAGGAGCCGGGGCGGGGAGGGAGCGGCGCUGCUGCUGCUGCGGUGGUGCACCUCCGGGGUGCUGUGCUCCGCCUUCCUGGGCCUGGUGAGCGGGGCUGGGCCCGGGCUGGAGCUCCCCUUCCGCCUUGCGGGCACCGACGGCCCGGGGCAGCCCCUGUGCUGGGGGUGGACCUGGUGAAGGUGAUGGUUUGACACAGCCCCUUCUCCCGCGGGGCUAGUGAGAACAGGACCUGCAGUACUGGGGCAGAGCAAUGGUCCCUCUAGCCCCAUAUCGGGUCUCUGACGGGGCCGCGGCCAGAUGCUUCAGCGAGGACCCGAACAGGGGUAUGAGCAUUGCUAUCCUGGGACCUACAUUUCAAGAUUUGGCUGCAAAUGUGAAUAAAAAUGUCAGUGAUAUUUACUACAUUUUCGUGGGUCGUUCUCUGGGGUACCUUGGUGGUUCAGUGAUUGGAGGGAUUAUCUUUGACUGCAUGAACCCUCAUCUCCUCUUGGGGUUAACCAUGUUGGGAACAGCAGUUGGUCUUUAUGCCAUACCAUGGUGUAAGAAAGCGCUAUUGUUAACUGCCCUGAUGUCAGUCAUUGGCACUUCCAUGGGUGUUCUAGACACAGGUGGAAAUGUCCUUGCAUUGAAUGUAUGGGGAGCAGAGGUUGGACCACAUAUGCAGGCCUUACACUUCAGUUUUGCACUGGGUGCCUUUGUGGCCCCAAUCCUGACAAAAAUGGCAUUGGGCAGCUUCAUAUCUCCUAAAGGUCAAACAGAAGAUGAAAAUACAAACCAUUCUGUUCCGAGUGAUAUACCUAACACACGGUCUGGAUCAGCAAUGAAACUGCAUUCUAAUGUGAGCUUUAUGUGGUCUUACAUUGUCAUAGGGACCUAUAUUUUGAUAGUUUCUAUGUUGUUUGUUGUUCUGUAUUCAAGGACCGGCUCAGCACGAGAUAAAGCAAAAGCUUCUCUGCAGAAAUGCCAAAUUGCCAAAUACCACUAUGCCCUUCUCAUUCUCCUUUUCCUUUUCUUUUUUUGCUAUGUAGGAGCAGAGGUCACCUAUGGCUCUUACAUUUUCAAUUAUGCAGAGGUUUAUGCAGACAUGAAAGAAAGUGAAGCAGCUGGUUUGAACUCCCUUUUUUGGGGAGCAUUUGCAGCUUGCAGAGGACUGGCCAUCUGUUUUGCUACCUGUUUCUACCCUGGUACUAUGAUUCUGCUGAGUGUCAUAGGUUCCACUGUCUCUUCUCUGUUCCUGGCACUGUUGAGUAAGCAUCCAAUUUCGCUCUGGGUUGGGACAGCAGUGUAUGGUGCUUCAAUGGCUACCAUCUUUCCCAGUGGCAUUUCCUGGAUUGAACAGUACACCACCAUACAAGGAAAGUCUGCUUCUCUCUUUGUAGUUGGUGCUGCCUUGGGGGAGAUGUGCUUUCCAGCAGUAGUUGGGUUUCUUGAAGGAAAACUUCACAAUGUCCCUGUGAUGAUGUAUGCUGCACUGGGAACAUCUGUAAUGACAGCAGUACUAUUUCCUGUGAUGUAUAAAUUAGCCACUUCUCCCAGUGAGAGUAAGUUAAAAGAUGGUGGUGGGAGCGAGGACCAGAAAGCUUUGUUGUCCAACUUUGAACUUAAUGAAGAUGAGGAAGAUGAAGAGGAUGCAGGAGAAUGGAAUGAAGCAGACUUUGAAGUCAUUGAAAUGAAUGAUACAGUGAGAAACUCUGUGGUAGAGACAUCUCAAAAGAUCCCAGGGGAAUCCCCAACUAAAGUGUCCAUGCAGCCACAUUCAAAUAUAUUUAGUUCUUCUCCAGUGAUUGCUCUUAGCUCCCCAGGGAGAAAGCAAUUCAAUACAGACAGAGAGAAGAAUGAUUAAAGUAAAAUCUAGGCUGCUUACUUGAAAUGACUGCCUGGCUUCUGUAAGGUAAUAAACAAAUUAGCUGUGAUUCAGAAUUUUAAUAGUGGUACAAAGCCAAGUGUUUCCACCUCUGUGCUUGCCAAAUCCCAGUUUAUGCUUAUUCAUUUUAGUCUGCAACCAUGCAUCCUGGAGUGAAAAAGAAUGUGCAUGUUGGACAUAGUAAAGAGGGAGUCCAUGGUAAUAUGAUCAGGUGUUGUGUCAUGGAACUAAAAGCAAUUUAGACUAAACGUAUGGGAAACAUUUCUUAAAUGUGAGGCUCUAAACAAUUUCUCAAAGAAAGUGGUGGGCACCCUAAUGUAACUUAAAGUGAUACUGUUCAGAGUAUUUUAACCAUAUUUUUAGAACUAUCCUGCAUUGGCAGGAAUAGACCAGGACACACAGCGAUCUUAAUUGAUCACCCUCAUACAAAUCAGAGAAGAACCUUGAACUUCUUGAAUCUAGUGAAGGGGAUAUUUCCAUGGCACUUAAAGUCUAGUAUGUAACAUAAACCAUGACAUUACUGGUAAGUUAAACAACAAGGUGUCGGUUGUGUCCUCGUCCUUUUGGGAAAGUGGAAAAGUUGAUAGCUCAACAGCUUUAGUUAAUGGAUGUAUUGUUGACCUUGACUGGGAAUUUCCUGGUUUUAUCAUUUUUAUGUAAUGUUGUUUAAACAUAGAUUUCUGUGUUUAGUUGAUUUUAAAUCAUGGAAACAUCAAAUGUGUUACACUGGAAUAAAAUAUUUAUUUAGGGAGGUUUUUAAAAAUGUGUAUUUUGUACUCUUUCCAAGGUUGCUUUGAAGAAUAAAACGAUUUGUCACA